AUGGCACACACAUUAAAACCAGAUCCAGCAUUCCAAAGAUUCAACAGAGCCAAGGAAGUUCAAGGUCAUUACUUUCGUUUCACCACUAGAUCUGCUCUCUUCAAUGUAUUGAUGAUGGGAAUUGUUCCAGUUGGUUUGACCUACUGGGCAUAUGCUGAAAAUGCCAAACUUAACUUCCAUAGAAAGUUCAGAAGUACUAAGAUCUUUGAUGACGAUGAAUACGUCCCAAGAGAUAAAGAUUUAUAAGUCAAACACUAAUUUUGUCAUAUCAUCAUCCAUAUUUAUUUCUCUUGCUUAUUUAUUUCAUUUUUCUAUAUGUACAUUUAAAAUUUAUUCAAUUAAUCAAAUAAAC